CACCUACUCCAACAAUGGAGACUGAAAAAUCCACAUCAAUAAUUACACCAAAACCUACAACACCUCAUACAGAAACUGCAACUACUGGCACUAAAAAACCUGAAACUACAACCAUAAUUACAGAAAAAGUCUCAACAACACCAUACAUAGAGACACCUACUCCAACAAUGCAGACUGAAAAAUCCACACCAAUAAUUACACCAAAACCUACAACACCUCAUACAGAAACUGCAACUACUGGCACUAAAAAUCCUGAAACUACAACCAUAAUUACAGAAAAAGUCUCUACAACACCAUACAUAGAGACACCCACUCCAACAAUGCAGACUGAAAAAUCCACACCAAUAAUUACACCAAAACCUACAACACCUCAUACAGAAACUGCAACUACUGGCACUAAAAAACCUGAAACUACAACCAUAAUUACAGAAAAAGUCUCAACAACACCAUACAUAGAGACACCUACUCCAACAAUGCAGACUGAAAAAUCCACACCAAUAAUUACACCAAAACCUACAACACCUCAUACAGAAACUGCAACUACUGGCACUAAAACACCUGAAGCCACAACAAUUAUAACAGAAAAAGUCUCCACAACACCCUACAUAGAGACACCAACUCCAACAACAGAGGCUGAGAGAAAAACAACAAUGUUUAAAGAAACAUCCACAACGCUUCGCCUUGUAACCCACAGCACUGAAAGACCAAAGACUGCACCAGUAAUAACAGGCAAAAAACCCACAACACCCUACAUAGAGACACCUACUCCAACAAUGAAGACUGGAAAACCCACAACAAUAAUUACACCAAAACCUACAACACCUCAUACAGAACUACUACUACUGGCACUAAAACACCUGAAGCCACAACAAUUAUAACAGAAAAAGUCUCCACAACACCCUACAUAGAGACAGCAACUCCAACAAUGGAGCCUGAAAAAUCCACAUCAAUAAUUACACCAAAACCUACAACACCUCAUACAGAAACUGCAACUACCGGCACUAAAACACAUGAAGCCACAACCAUUAUAACAGAAAAUGUCUCCACAACACCCUACAUAGAGACACCUACUCCAACUGAAAGUACUACCAUCAAAACUGAAGCAUACACUACAGCACCCAGUGACUGCUAUAUUUGCAAAUGGUCAAAUUGGAUUAACAAUCACUACCCCGCACCUGAUAGAGAUGGAGAUUAUGAAACAUUAGCAAAUAUUUCUGCUCCAGAUUUGAGUGUUUGUAGAAAACCACUAGAAAUUCAAUGUCGAUCCAAAAUGUAUAAAGAUGUGCCUUUAAAAGAUUUAAAUCAAAAUGUAAUCUGCAGUCCUACUGAUGGUCUAAUCUGUCUUAAUAAGGAUCAAACACCUCCAAAAUGUCUAGAUUAUGAAAUUCGGGUAAGAUGUUGCACUUACAUCGGCGGGGAUUGCACAACAACAACUCAUACAGAAACUACAACUACCGGCUCUACAACACCUAAAACCACAACUAUUAUUACAGAAAGCGUCUCCACAACACCCUACAUAGAGACACCAACUCCAACAAUGGAGACUGGAAAACCCACAACAAUAAUUACACCAAAACCUACAACACCUCAUACAGAAACUACUACUACUGGCACUAAAACACCUGAAACCACAACCAUUAUAACAGAAAAAGUCUCCACAACACCCUACAUAGAGACACCAACUCCAACAAUGGAGACUGGAAAAUCCACAACAAUAAUUACACCAAAACCUACAACACCUCAUACAGAAACUGCAACUACUGGCACUAAAAAACCUGAAACUACAACCAUAAUUACAGAAAAAGUCUCAACAACACCAUACAUAGAGACACCUACUCCAACAAUGCAGACUGAAAAAUCCACACCAAUAAUUACACCAAAACCUACAACACCUCAUACAGAAACUGCAACUACUGGCACUAAAAAACCUGAAACUACAACCAUAAUUACAGAAAAAGUCUCAACAACACCAUACAUAGAGACACCUACUCCAACAAUGCAGACUGAAAAAUCCACACCAAUAAUUACACCAAAACCUACAACACCUCAUACAGAAACUGCAACUACUGGCACUAAAACACCUGAAGCCACAACAAUUAUAACAGAAAAAGUCUCCACAACACCCUACAUAGAGACACCAACUCCAACAACAGAGGCUGAGAGAAAACAACAAUGUUUAAAGAAACAUCCACAACGCUUCGCCUUGUAACCCACAGCACUGAAAGACCAAAGACUGCACCAGUAAUAACAGGCAAAAAACCCACAAC